AUGGCAGAACCAGCCCAACAACAAGUUAAUUUAGCUACAUUAUCACUUGAACAGUUACAACUUGUUCGUGAACAAGUCGAAGAAGAAAUUCAACAACUUUCAGAAUCAAUUCAACAACUUAGACAUGCAUCAAAUAAAUAUUUAGAAGCCAAAGACGCAAUGGGUGGAUUAAAAGGUACAGAAGGAAAAGAAAUUCUUGUUCCAUUAACUUCAUCGAUAUAUAUUUCAGGUAAAAUAAAUGCAAAUGAAAAAGUUUUAGUAGAUAUUGGUACAGGUUAUUUUGUUGAAAUGGGCAUUGAUCAAGGUCAAGGUUUUUCAACUAGAAAAGUUCAAUUAAUCCAAGAACAAGUUAAUAAAGUUCAACAAGCCAUUACUAUUAAAAGACAAAAUUUAGAUCAAAUUAUGCAAGUUGCACAAGGUAAACUUGCUUUAUAUAAACAACAACAAGCACAAGCACAACAAGCUGAAAAAUAA